AAAAAUAUGGACUACAACGAUCUCCAUGCCUAAAGGGGUUGUGUCCAAGUAUCGCUAUCUCAAGGGUUUCUUUCUGCAGUCAAAGAUUUCAACCAGGGCGACUGACUGCCCCGGAUGGGGAUUGGUGACUAUGCCAGCUCUAAAUCCUUUCUGACACUCCCAACAGCGGCUUUAUUGAGACUGAAACGUAUAGCAAUGUAUGUGAUUUGAGAAUCCUAACAUUGUACCCAACAUUGGAAUUGCAGAACGCAGGGGGUCCCCGUCAAGUGCUAGUCAAUAUGUGGGAGACCCAUCAGCAGCCCCGCACGAUGAGCCCCACAGGUAUAGAAUGAGAAGAGAAGAAAAAGAGCUGCACGCCGUAGUUUGGUUCGGGAAAGCGUUUCCAGAACACCUCCCAUUCCCACCGCUGGCACAAUAUGUUACAGUUGCCUUCGUGACGGCGAAUUCCCACCGCGACCCAACCUUCUGUUUUUAUUGUCGGACCAUUUAGCGUUACGGACGUUUUUUAUUUGUGAGAUAAAACUUCUAGAACUCAGGGUCAAGACUAGUCGAUGUCAGACGUGGUCAGCGAGAAGUGUGUGUGUGUGUGUGUGUGUGUGUGUGUGUGUGUGUGUGUGUGUGUGUGUGUGUGUGUGUGUGUGUGUGUGUGUGUGUGUGUGUGUGUGUGUGUGCGUGCGUGUUAUUCAGGGACAUGAGGAACGGAAUGGGGGGGGGUGCAGACAGUGCACCAUUCAGUAGUUAAUUAUUAUUAUUGAUUAUAGAAUGAUCACUGGGGGCAGUUUCUUUUGUUCUGAAUAAGAAUGUUCCUAUUUAACUUAUUUUGGGCAAAGUGUUUUUUUUCCGUCUGUAAUUUAUCUGUAGAUUCUUGCAAAUUUGCCAAAGAGCAGGGACUCCACUUGCUGUAAUAAUCUACAUACAUAUAUAUAUAUAUAUAUAUAUAUAUAUAUAUAUAUAUAUAUAUAAAAUAAAUAGCUGUAAAAGAAACACUGCAAUGCAGCAGAUGUCGUAAGCCGAUGUUGUCAACCGUUCGUGGAUAAAAGCCACGGCUUUGAUUCCUAUUCAGACGGCCAUCGCUGCGAUUAUAAAAAUGACUAUUGAUUCAGCUCGAUGCACAAUAAUGUGUCUACUUGAUUUAUUUUUUUCUCACUGUGCACAGCUUCUACAUUUAAAACGCUGCAUAUUUGAAUGAUUCCCCCAUCACUGUGCAAAGCUCAUUGUAAAAGAGCUUGAAUGGUAAACCUGUUGCAGCCACAUAUGCACCCGGAUGUCAGGGCCCCCAGUCUUUAUUUCUGUGUUUUUGUUUCAGGUCUGAGUAGUUUAGUAAUCACAAGCCUGCCUGAUUAGCAUUGAUGACAUUCCCAUGCUCAGAAUUGUAGUUAAGAAUGAUUAUUUAUUAUUAUUUGAUUGCUGAGAUUGUGAAGUUGAGGCAAAUCUAAAUCUCCUCUGUAUAAACAGAGAAUGCUCUUGUUGGAUUUGACCUCAACCUCUGAUGUUGAAAUUCUUCUAAAAGUUUCUAAUGCCCCUUUUCUCUUUAUUGCAGCGUCACACCAAAAUAUUGACGACGGACAUUUUGGAAUUCACAAUGGGGUGAAUUGUGUUGACUCUGGGUGGCUCACGUGCCAGACGGAGAUUCGCCUGCGUCUGCACUAUUCUAAGACGUCUCCGGUGUCUAUCACCAAGAAGAAAUACAAGAAGUCUCGCUUUAGAAUCAAGCUGACAUUAGAGGGAUUUGAGGAGGAAGACGACGACGAGGAGGAGGAACAAGAAGAGCAUAGUCACUCGUCUCUGGACAAGGAGACCACCACUCUGGAGAUCAGCAUGAUCAGCGCCAACGGCUACAAGUCGCGCCACUCUCAGCCCGAAUGCGGCUACGCGCUGGAGCCCUCCCAGUGGACCGAGUACAGCAUCCACAGCAUGGACGCGUACAACCUGGAGCUCACCUUCGAAUUCUUUGAGGAGGACAUGAGUGAGCACGUAGUCCAGGGCGACGGUCUCCCGGGUUACGUGGGCACCGCCUGCCUGCUCUCCUCCUCUUUCUCGGAGAGCGGGAAGGACUACGGAGUAGCCACGCUUCCCAUAAUGGGCCGAAAUUCCAGACAGACCAUUGGGAAAGUGCGAGUGGACUACCUGGUGAUCCGGCCCAUCCAGGGUUACCAGUGUGAAAUGAGCUCCUCCUUCACCAAGUACUGGAAGAAAAGAAGCACUCUGAACGUGGGCCACAGAGGCGCCGGCAGCACACAUGCAGCCAGGCACCAGAGAGUCCGGGAGAACACAAUAGCUUCAUUCAAAAGCGCUGCCAAGCAUGGUGCAGCCUAUGUAGAGUUUGAUGUCCACCUCUCCAAGGAUGCCGUUCCCAUCGUGUACCACGAUCUGACGUGCUGCAUAUCCACCAAGAAGAAGAACGACAAGACGUCUCUGGAGCUUAUCGAGGUGCCGGUCAAAGACCUGACUUUUGAUCAGCUGCAGCUUCUGAAGCUGGUCCAUGCCACUGCAAUAAAAGAAACAGAUAACAAAGAUCUGCUGGAUGACGAGGAGGAAAUCGAUGAGCAUCAGCCUUUCCCUUCCCUCUCACAGAUCUUCCAGGCUAUUCCUGAGCAUGUGGGCUUCAACAUCGAGCUCAAAUGGAUCUGCCAGUUGAAGGACGGCUCUUGGGAUGGCAACCUAUCAUCCUACUUCAACAUGAACACCUAUCUCGACAUCAUCCUGUCCUGCGUUCUGCAAAAAGGAGGAAAGAGACGCAUCGUCUUCUCCUGCUUCGACCCGGACAUCUGCACCAUGGUGCGUCAGAAGCAGAACAAGUACCCCAUCCUCUUCCUGAGUCAGGGCAUUACAGACAAAUACACGGACCUGAUGGACAUCCGCUGCCAGUCCACUCAGAUCGCCAUUAGUUUUGCCCAGAGCGAGAAUAUUCUGGGCAUCAGUGGCCACACCGAGGAGCUGCUGAAGAACCGCUCCUACAUCGCCGACGCCCAGUCCAAAGGCCUGGUGGUGUUCAGCUGGGGAGACGACAACAACGAGCACGAGAACAGGAGGAGGCUGAGGGAGCAGGGCAUCGACGGGCUCAUCUAUGACAGUAUCUGCGAGGAGUUCGGAGAGCAGCAGAACUUCUUCCAGGUAGAGGAGCAGCACACGCUGCAGGAGGUCAUCACAGAGGAGACCCGUAACAGCUCCAGCUGCUCCUGCUACUCCAUCCCCUGCGCCACGGCGUCCUGCGUUGCCUCCGAGGAACGCGGUGGCAGCGUGGAGUCCGACUCCGGCCUCAGCUCCUCAUGACUGACCCCAGACCUGCGCGGAUGAGGUCUUGGGGGACCGAAGUGGGAACGGAUGAUCAAACAGAAUCAUGUCGUUUGCAGAUCGUUACAAGAUCUCUGAUUUCUUAAACUCUUCAGAACUUAAUCACAAGAGAAACCACUUAAACCGUCUGCACUCUGCUCGAUUACAACAUCCGUCUAUAAGUCCUGCAUCUUCACACAAGUUUUUAUUUGUACUUUUCUAUCGGGAAACAUGUGCAUGUUUUGCCAAAACAUAAAGACAGCCAUGUUCAUGCACAAUAGGAGCGAACUAUUUGUCACAUUGCAUAAUAUUGGGCUUCCGUCGCAUCAUUUCACAGGACUCAAAUUUUUCAGUUUGUUUUAUAUUUUACGGGUGUAAAAGUCUAACUGGAAAUACAUGAUGAUGUUGCAUUAGGCUUCUUUUUGUUUCACUUUCUGCUGUUUUCCUAUUUUCCGUGCAUGGAGCCAUUACCUUGAAUGUUAUUCUCAUUGUCUCAAAUAGCAAUGAUUAACAGCAACCGAUUGCUAUUUCUGGUUCAGCACAGAGAUAAUUUGGGGAGGUGCAGGUUGUCAUUAAGAAAUGCUUGCGUGAGGGAUUUAUUUAGUUUAGAGUGGACUGGUGGAAGCACCUCCUUGUCCUUUACAUGCUGCAUACUGAAUGUGCUACAUUCUUUGUUCUUAUAUCUACUUGAUUUGAGGAGAAGCAGAAGAAUGUUUUAUUCGCCAGCGUGCACACAGUACAUGCCACAGCCUUAUGGGGGGGGGGGAUAAUCAGGUCUGUUUUUGUUUUAAAAACCACCAAUACCUCACUCAUCUUCGAUUAGAAUAGACUUGAGUUGAGAUGCGUGUACAGAAUGAACACGUACUUACCUUCUCUCCUACUCUCACCCGUGCUUCUUAUCGCAUGAAGGAUCAUCAGCACGAUACGCUUGAAAACACUUCAUUUGCAUCUUGAUAUGAUGUAUUUAUACGAUGCAAUGGGAAUGCUGUACGUUGAUCCGAGCAAAACAGAUCCAUGUAUUGUAUACCGUCCGUGUGUAUCUAUCUGUUUCAUCACACAAUCUCUUAACUCCAAAUUGUAAUGAUUGAGUCGUGCAUGGCCUCAAUAUUUGUGUGAAUCUGAUAAAUAAUGUAAACUCCCUGUCAGGACAGAAUUGUUUUAAAGGUAUUGUAAAUAAAAUCAAAACCUAUAUUUGUUUA